AUGGACAACAAUCAGGGAGGUGGAAACACGUCAAGCGAUUUUGUUCGCAAGUUGUACAAGAUGUUGGAGAGCCCACAGGACGAGAGCGUAGUACGAUGGGGCAACGAAGGCGACAGUUUUGUCGUCCUCGAGCACAUCCUGCCCAAGCACUUCAAACACAGCAACUUUGCCAGUUUCGUGCGUCAACUCAACAAAUACGACUUUCACAAAGUCCGGCAUAACAAUGAAGAGGGCGGCGUGUCUCCCUACGGCGCUGGUAUCGAUAGGNCGUGGGAAUUCAAGCACCCUGACUUCAAGGCCAACAACAAAGAUGCCCUCGACAACAUCCGAAGAAAGGCGCCUGCGCCGCGCAAGCCCAAUGCCAUGAUGGACGAUAUGAUGCCCACUCAGCAGAUGGAUCUUUUCAACACACAACUCGUCGCGACCCAGCAGCAAUUGCAACAAUUGCAAGAGCGCUACAACGAACUCAGCAUGCACCACUCAAUGCUCCUCCAGGAAUUGAUUGGUGUCCAGAAGACAGUCGUCAACCACGAGCACGUUAUGCAAUAUGUCAUGAAUUUCCUGCAGUCGGUCGAUGGACAACGACGAAGAGAAAGUCGCGUUGCCAAUCCCUUUGCGCCACCAGCUACCGGUGCUGCCAAUGGCAAGCAACUUCCCCCUGCACCAAUCCCAGAAGAUGAGCCGGCAUCACCACUGCAACACGCCGCAAAACUACUCUCAGAAACCAAUGCCGACCAUAUCUUGAACACGCGUAACCUCGAACACAUGAACGAAAUGUCGUUGAGGAUGAACCCGGCUCUUACUACACCCCCUCCGGAUCUGGCUCUGCGAACCGGCGCCAGAAUAGCCAGAGGCGGCCCCAACGGUCCUCACUCUGCUGCAUCGUCUACAUCCAUGUCUUAUGGUGAACUCGACAACCUUGUAUACCCUGUUGGCCAAACAAAUGGCAUCGAUCCCAUGUUCAGUGAGCACAUUCACAACAUUCCCUAUGCAAUGCCGACAAAGGCCCCCGAACCGGCGCCUGCACCGCCCGCAGCCGAUGGCAGGAAGAAGAGCAUGCAAUAUGACCCUGGUUGGGCUAGACAACCUCAGGUGCUACUAGUUGAAGACGACCAGACUUGCAGGCGGAUAGGCGGCAAGUUUUUCNUCGAUGGCUUGGAAGCAGUCAACAAGAUGAACGCCGGCGCAAAGUACGAUCUUGUGCUGAUGGACAUCAUCAUGCCCAACCUUGACGGUGUUUCGGCUUGCCAUCUGAUCAGACAAUUCGACAACACACCGAUCAUCGCUAUGACCUCCAACAUCCGCAGUGACGACAUUGCGAUGUAUUUCCAGCACGGAUUGUUGAGCAUGCUGGAGAAACACCUUGGCCACCUCAAGAAGUCGCCCUCCGCUAUUGAUGGAGUAUCAGGACCACCUCCACCUCUUGCUCAAGUUGCUGCAAAAAACGCACUGAAAGCUGAAGAGUCACCUGCUACCUCGCCAGCUACUAUCAGUAACUGGACCUCACCUGGAACCGGUCUAGGCAUGUCGCCAGCGGCUAGCGACGCCGCUGGAAACGAUUAUAAUUUGGGAGUCUCCGGUCACCCGUCGGCCCCAUACCACGUGCAAGUCGGCAUGCCUCCACCAGGCAUGCCUCCACAAGUCGGAUACGGUGGUUCGCCUCGUGGCAUGCCGCCAGGUCUAGGACCACAACCAGGGGGCCCACACAGACGCCAAAUCUCUGACAUUUCGGGCGGGCCCGGUGAUGUCGGAGGCGAUGUCAAGAGACAGCAAAUGUUCGGUCCGCCCCAACAUAUGCCGCCGCAUAUGGGACCGGGUGUACCGAUGGGACAGCCUGUCCAAAAUCCGCUCAACCCCAUGCAUAGAAGACCUGGUUGA